UACUUUAUUCUGCGCAAACCUUACCGUGUUCCCUUUGGCCUUCACAUCGUACUUCGUUCUUCUGCCCUCUCCCUUCCAACUCUCUCCUUGAAGUGUCGUUGAAUGCAAAACCGUUCAUAAAAAUAAUUACAUCUCUUGUUUUCCUUACUUCCCCGAGCAGGGAAUUGAUCACAUAAUAUUGUACAUGCAUUGCGUCGGGUUAUUUUGACUGCGUUCAAAAUAUCAACUUCGGUCAUACUGCGAGCGAUCUAAGAUGCAUUUCAAAGGGUUGAUGAUUGCUGUUCAAACUCUCGAUGGCGAAGCUGGCAAGAAGAGAAGAGCAAAGGCGUAUCUUCGCAGGUAUCGCAAAGUUCAGACCUACCAGGGGUGUGAAGCUGGCGAAGCGAUAGAGGACAAAAGUUACCAUCAAAAAACUGAACCUGAAAAUUGCUCAGUGGACACGGAGUCGAACAAGGCUUAUCAAACUUGGCUUAUAUUUCGGCUGGGUAUUCUGAGUGGCAUGUUUUUCGUGUUGUUUACCGUGCUAGUUAUUGCAGCAAUUCGGGCGGACAAUGAUAUCCAAUGGCAACCAGCGUUCCGCAUGUAUAGAGGAAUGUUUCUGUUCGUACUAGAAUUUUUUUUCUUUGGAAUCAAUUUAUACGGCUGGAAAUCAGUGGGUAUUAACCCUGCACAUAUCUGUGACUUAAAGAAUAGUCUUUGCCCUCUUCGAAUGCUAGAGAUGUCGUUGUUCUUCGCCGUCCUAUGGGGAACAAGUGCUGUGGUUUUUCUUUUCUCUGAACAUUUUGGACUGCCGCGUUAUUUCCAUCCAAUUGCGUUAGCUUGUUUCUUUUUUAUUUUCGGUAUCAACACGCUUGACUUCUGUUUAAGAAAAGCAAGAUUCUGGCUUCUUAGGGCAAUUUGGCGAGUUUUGACAGCGCCGUUCCACCAUGUAGGAUUUGCCGACUUCUGGCUUGCAGAUCAGCUAAACAGUCUUGUAGUUGCUAUUCUGGAUAUGGAGUAUAUGUCUUGUUUUUACGCACUUGACUACUACUCUGUUCAAGACCGAAGUAAAUGCGGUAGCAAACUGUAUGGGCUGAGACCGCUGAUCGCUUGUCUCCCUGCGUGGUGGCGCUUUGCGCAGAGUCUGCGCAGAUACGAUGACACAAAACAGAAAUUCCCACACCUUGCGAAUGCUGGGAAAUAUUCCACAACGUUCUUUGUUGUAUUCUUUUCAACAGUGGCGACAACUCACAAAGAAAAUACUGGUAAACAGCAGAUGGAUUUCUACUUUCUGUUUUGGAUCUUCUCGGCGUUCAUCAGUUCGUGUUACACCUACGUGUGGGAUGUGAGAAUGGAUUGGGGACUAAUGGAUUCUAGUCACGGAUAUCUUAGAGCCAAGUUGCUAUUCAAACGCUUGGGGUUUUAUUACUUUGCGUUGGUUAGCAAUCUCUUUCUUCGCUUGUCCUGGGUCCUGACUGUAUCAGUUGGUGAAGCAGGACUGUUUCAUUCUGAAGUCCUCACAGCAUUACUAGCGGUGUUGGAAGUAUUUAGGCGAUUCGUAUGGAAUUUUCUGCGAGUAGAAAAUGAGCACUUAAGUCGACUAAAAGGAGCGGUGGAUCAUAGUCAAGAGGAACUCAGAGAAUAUGACGAAGAUGAACAAUCAGAAGAGUCAAUAGGAUAAUAAAUUGUGACAGACGAUUGUCAGGAAAUCAUGACAAUCCCCAAUCCCACUUUUCUCUAUGACGAAAAGUGUACGCGUCCUUAACUGGACGAGGAAGUCUGGGGAAACUCGACCUUUAAAUUUGGGGAUAAACAAAACUUAGUGGCUAGCUAUUUCAAAAAUUAUCAUCAAAUCUGAUAUUUAAUGACAAAUAUUACUUAAGCUACAUAAAUUAUUAUUACAUUAAUAUUAUGUUUAUGUAGAAGAACCACUAUUGUUAAAUUAGAUGUUAAACUUUAUUUAAUAUUGUUUACAAAACGAUUACAGUGGAAUGGGGAGUCACGUCUAUUUUUUUUACUUCAGAGGGUUAUUUUUUUUGUCUGCAAGGCAUUAUAAUGUUCCUUAUUUUUUUUUAAGUCAAAGAGAUUAUUUUGGGGAGGAAGCGUUCUGGUUGAUUUGUAAAGAUAUAAAGGUGCAUAGUACAAAUCGUUGUUUUUGGAAA